GAGGCAGGCUGAGAAACGAGUUAGUUUGUGGGCUUUGAAUAAACCUCCAGCUCAGUCUGGGAGUCUGUCAGUAACCGUUAGCUCUGCUUCAGUCGCCCAGUCAGUCGCUCCUUCUCGCCUCCCCCACCUCGGGUGUGCUGUCCCCCUCCCUCCUCCUCUUUUUCAUUGUUUGCUCCAGCGCUGUCCGCUGUUCUCGCCUGUUGCUUCUUCUGCUCCUCCUGCUGCUGCUGUUGCCGCAAACUGAGUCUUUAGUGAAAUUCCUGUGUGAUGGGCUGCUGAACAGCUUUUGGUCGGCUACAAAGUGAGCAGCGAGCUGAGUGACUGACAGGACAAGCAGACAUGGGGAAGCAGAACAGCAAGCUCCGUCCCGAGGUGAUGCAGGACCUGCUGGAGAGCACAGACUUCACCGAGCACGAGAUCCAGGAGUGGUACAAGGGCUUCCUGAGGGACUGCCCCAGCGGGAACCUGUCCAUGGAGGAGUUCAAGAAGAUUUACGGGAACUUCUUUCCGUACGGAGACGCUUCCAAGUUCGCCGAGCACGUCUUUCGCACUUUCGACGCCAACGGUGACGGGACGAUAGAUUUUAGGGAGUUUAUCAUCGCUUUGAGUGUGACGUCCCGCGGCAAGCUGGAGCAGAAGCUGAAGUGGGCCUUCAGUAUGUACGACCUGGACGGGAACGGGUACAUCAGUAAAGCUGAGAUGUUGGAGAUUGUACAGGCGAUAUAUAAGAUGGUGUCGUCUGUGAUGAAGAUGCCUGAGGACGAGUCGACGCCUGAGAAGAGGACGGAGAAGAUCUUCAGGCAGAUGGACACCAACAGAGACGGUAAACUGUCUCUGGAAGAGUUCAUCAAAGGAGCAAAAAGUGACCCGUCCAUCGUCCGCCUGCUGCAGUGCGACCCCAGCAGCGCCGGCCAGUUCUAAACCCGAGGCAGCGCCGCGAUCUUGCUUCUUUGGGUGACUCUACAUGCCUGUAACUCUGCACUAUGGAGCAGACUGAUGAUGAAGAAUGAUUAGAUGAAGAUGAAGAAGAAGCCAGGCCUUCAACAUGUACUGAAGACUUUUUAAAGAUGGCCGCAGGAGCCUAAUUCUUCGUUAAUAUUCCCCUCCCUCCGUCUUCUACGACCCUCUGCCCGAUCCACCAACUAAACAGCUGCCUGUCUCUGAAAUCCAGGCGAAAUCCACUCCACUUCUGGUUACAGACCACCAUCACCAUCACUGCCCCUUACUGACUGUAAUGAGCCUCCUCAGUUCUCCUGUAGGCCUGUUAGAGUGUAGAGAAGGUUUACCGUAGGUUGUGUGUAUAUAUGCAGUGUAAACUGGAGUCUCUGUAUCAGUGUCUUUGCUUGGCUCUCUGUUGUAUCUAAACUUCCAGUUAGGCCCAUACAGAGCGCGGAGUGUGACAGACUGAGCGCGUGCAGAAGAGAGAAAGAGAGACGGCACGCGCUGUAGGUGAGCAAGAGAGGACCUGUGAAGUCUGUCCUUCGCUCACAAUGAGUCCCACUUUCUUUUUCUUUUCUUUUUUUUGUUUGUUUUUGUUUUUUUUUUGUAAACUUGAUAGACUGUUUGUUUUAUAUAUCGUGCUGGAACGGACACAUCUUGCAACAUUAUGCUACUAUGCAUAUGCUCCCGGAUCCGUACUUAGACUUUGUGACGAGCGUCCCUCUCCCUCCGUCUGUUCCUAUGUUUUAUUUUGAAAUAUCAGAAAGUAAGAGCACAGGAAGUGCUGCUGUGCUCGAGCUUCGCACACAACACACACUUUAGUCUUUCCAGGUAUUUCGAGAACAGUGUAGUUUUUUUUUUGAAGUGCACCUAAGCUCAUUGAGCAAUUCCAUGUAGUCCAGAACGUUCGCUUCCGAACAAAGUUGUGGUGAAAUAAUAAUAAUGAAAAUAAUAAUAAUAAUAAUAAUAGAAGAUGUUUAUUUAAAUGUCGCCGGAUAUCAAGCAUGCGGACCAGAUUCUUUCAUUUCGGACUAAAAAGUGAGGCGCACAGAAACGCCUCGCGCUCUCUUUUAACUUGUUUAAUGAAAAUGCUGCAUGUAGUCGUUGGGUACACGGGCGUGUAAACUUAACACGACGCGUUUGCAUGUGACUUAAGCGCAUGUGUGUUUUGUUUUUGUUUUUUUAACUAUAAGUUCAUAGAUACUCAAACUGCCAGCGGAACGGCGGUCAAACAACGAGCGCGUCCCGGCGGAUGCGCGCGGGAGGAUUCGCUCGGCUUCGUUCCGCGUUCGGGAGGAGAGAGUCUGGAGUCUGAGCGGGAUCCGCCUGACGCCGCCCCGUGAAUGUAACCGAGCAUCGAGGAGCUUUGAAUGUUCAGAAAAAUGCUAAAGAAGAAGACCAACAGAGAAUCCGAACUACUGCAACGAUGCUGUCACGAUGUGUCGCUUUUACUGUUUUUUUUUAAAUAUAUAUUUAUAUAAAUAUACACGGAGAAGCUUUUCUUAUGAAAGGAAAAGAAAAGAAAUGCGUCAGGUGUAAUAUUUCUGUCAAAUACAAAUUAGCGAAUUGUGACCAAGUGCCAAAUAAAAACAAAACAGUAUUGUAUAAAUUUAUACUAUAGAAUGGUUAUAUGUUGAACAAAAUGUUUGUAAUUGUUGAAUUUUGUAGGUUUUGUAAGGUAUCCUGUAUUUUAGUGACUGACGUUUUGAAACACAGGAUUCUCUUAUUUUUUGUUCUUUUUUGGUCAAUUAAAAGGCAAGAAUUAAAUCCAUGGUGUACUGCGUGCACGUA